CGACAUGGCAGAAAACACGCGACAACUAAUACGAGUAAUACGUGUAGUAAGAGUAUCAAGAUGGAUGGCUGAGGGCAGAUAGAUCUAGAAAGAAUUAAUCCUGAUGUGGAUAGUGAGGAUGCGGGGACAAUGGGCCAGGAGGAAUCGGGCUAGAGGGCUGUGUCUGGUUGUGCGGUCGGGUUCCCCCUCGCAGGGCGGUUCGUUGAGCACGAUGCAGAGUGGCGAGGUAGGUUUUGCGUCGGCGCGGUUCCCGAAGCUCUGGCAACGUUGCCGGCUUUUCGUGACGAUGGUUACCACGAGGAGAAGCCAGAGUCGAGCGGAUCUCUCACAGUUAGUUUUUGCCUCUGAUACGCGACGGACGACGCUGGUCGUGUCGCGAUGCACGAGUGUGUCAUGUGACACGCGAAAUAACAGUAGAUCUUUGUGUGUUGCUGCUGUACCUUUGGCAGAACCGACACGCAGGAACAAAUACGAUAACUCGUAGAAGAGGAGAAAAGAAAGAGAGAAAGAGAGAGAGAGAGAGAGAGAGAGAGAGAAAAAGAAAAAGCAAGGGAAACCAGCGGGGUGUGUGUGUGUGUGAGUGCGUGUGUGCGUAUAUGUGUACAUGUGUGGCUCGUUUGUAUGUGUUAUCCAUUUAUAUGCGUACUUGCGCGCGCGCGCGCGAUAGUGUUUUCAUAGCUGUAUAGUUAAGCUGUGUGCAGCGGUAUUGUAUGCUGUGGUGGAUUCCCUUCCCGUCCAAUUUCGGAACUCUUCAAGUCGUUCCAUUAGAGCGCGCACAAUUAUGUUACCGGUCCGACACGGCAAUAGCAGCAACACCACUGCCGCCACUACCAACAAAUCCAGCAACCUCAGUACGUCCAUAAGACACUGGGCCGGAUUUUUUGCAAACGGUUAGAGACACGAACCAUCGGUUAGUCCAGCGCCGCGACACUCGGUGCUUCAUGGCUUGUCCGUGAUUCUCGCUUAGGUACGUAACGCAACAGAGAAAAUACAAAUACGAAAGUAAGAAGAGAGCGAAAAAUACAGUCCAAAAAAAAAAAAAAAAGAAACAAGUGCCGAAAAGAAAGAGAAAAAGAAAAAAAAUUACAAUAUAUGCUUUUGCAUCGUUAACACGUCUUUUCCACUUGAAAAAGCUCUGAAUAACGAUCUCUCAUUCAAAGUGUAUAUCCGUUAUUUCUUGAUUUGAAAAUAGCGCAGAAUUUCGAAACGGGAUUUAAAAGAUUGUUAAAGUCAAUCGAUCGAAACAGUUUUGGAUUUCACGAAGACACGACAGGACAUGGGAUUUCUUGGUUGUAUGCGAGGAAAUCGUCAUAUUACAGGUCAUAGGAAUGAGGGAGCGGGUGUUCACGUGGCACUCCUGGUGGUGGUUAAUAGCCCUUCUCCUCAUUGUGGUACACAUUACGGAUACGCAGGAUCUCCUGUCGCCGGGUUCGUCAACGUUCGUUUCAACGGAAAAGACGUCGCCGUCUUCGCGUGUAGAAUGUGCCACGGGCUGCGAGUGCUUGGACGAUGGAAGAAGCCUACUGUGUCAGGAACGAAAUUUCCUUGGACUCGGCUUGUCCAGACAGGCCACCAAUGUUGUGUUGAGAAACGUCGAGGCAGCCACUAUACCCGUUUCUGCCCUCGAGACAGCGAUUCGCCUCAAGAGUCUCGCCUGGACGUCGAGCGGAAUCGAGAGGAUAGAACCUGGCGUGUUCCACGCAGCAACGUUCCUCCAACAUCUCAACUUAGGUGACAAUAGGCUGACGGAAUUGCCGUCGGAUGUCUUCCAUCCGUUGCACCAACUACAGUACCUGAAUCUCACCGGAAACCGGUUGACUAUACUCCCGCGAGCGUUGUUUCAAGGUUUGGAGCGACUCGAAGAGAUCGGCUUGUCGCGCAAUCGACUCUCAGUACUUCCCUAUCAAGCGUUCGCUUCGUCCAAGUUGUUGGCUCGUUUGGAUCUUUCCGGUAAUUUGUUGGUAUCAUUGCCGGAUCACAGUUUCAGGCCCAACACGCAUCUUCAGGAGCUUGGCCUGUCCGCCAACAGACUCACCAAACUUCCAUCCCGUUUGUUCUCCGGCUUGAGCCAAUUAAAGAUCUUGGAGCUGGCCAAUAACGAAAUCGACACGGUCCCGCGCGGCUUGUUCGCCGACCUCGUCUCGUUGCAGCACCUCGAUCUUUCCGGGAAUCCUAUCACGCGUUUGACAAGCAUCGCGUUCCACAGCCUGUCGAAUUUAAAAUGGCUCAGCCUGAAGAACCUACCGGUAACGGUGCUUCCGCACGACGUGUGGCGACCGACGAAGAAGCUACGCAGCCUGUCGCUCUCCGGAACAAGGCUGGAGAUCCUUCGUAACGACGACUUGAAAGGAUUGGAUAAACUAGAGACGCUGGAAAUGAGCAACAGCCCGUUACGCGAGAUCUCACGGUGUACCUUGGAUCGUACACCGGCGCUGCGUAAAAUCGAUCUACGCGAUAGCAAUCUGACCUUCCUGCCGGCGAACGUGGCGCAGCUGUCGUCACUGAAUGAAUUGCAGCUGCAAGGGAACCCGUGGGCCUGCGAUUGCCGUAUGUUCUGGUUCGUAAAAUGGGCCGAGAGCAAGGAACACCUACGGACCGCUUUUCGAAGUGGGUUCCGAUGCGGCGACGAGAUCGACGGCACUGCCGAUAUCCUUCAAACUCUUCGUUACUUGAAAUGUUCGCCGCCGAAUUUGGUAUACGCUACGCCCACGCAACAGUAUCUGUUAUUAAGCCCCGUGCUACUCGAAUGUGAAUACAAUGGCAAUCCUACGCCAUCGUUAACAUGGGUCACGCCGACACUCCAGGUACUGCAUUGGAAUCCUGAUCCAGCUUUUCCCGACGCUUUUGUCGAACAUCCUCCCGUACAUCGAUGGGAACAAAGUGUACCGUUCGUUGAUGAUGGUCGCAUACGCAUCCUCGAGAAUGGAUCUUUGUACAUAAAGACGUUGCUCAGGCAGGAUGUUGGACAAUACAAGUGUUUUGCAGUCAAUCCGAUUGCCAAUGCCACUACCUAUAUUAGUUUGCAGAUGAAUCCAAUAACAUUAGAGAAAGUCAAGAUUAUCAGCAUAUUGGUAGGCGCUGCCAGCGCGAUCAUCUUUCUUCUUUUAACGCUCCUCUUGCAACUGCUUCGUUAUCUCUUGAUCAAGUGCGGCUGUCUGAACUGGUGCAUGUGCUGCAGACGCGUCGGUUCCACUCCCAGAGCGAAACAAAUUUACCAAAUGUUGGACAAUAUCGAGCAAUACAAGAGUCAACAACUUGAGCGGUUACGCGAGAAUUAUACUCAACAAGUGCAUAGAAUAAAAGAGAACUGCGCUCAACAAGUAGAAUGGAUUCGCGACAGUUACGAAGGUCAAAUGAGGCACAUUAGAGACAUAAGGGACUACGGGACGAGCCACCUUACAGCUCUCAGAGAUCAGUAUUACGAUCAGGUGAGAAAAGUACGAGAUUACUCAACAAGUCAGCUCAAUUGGGUGCGAGAAAAUUAUGUCUUCCAGCGUAACAAGAUAAGAAAGUUCAGCGCCCAUCAGGUGCUAAGGCUGCGCGAGAGUUACAAAUACCAGCAGCAAACAUUGAACAAGGUACUGGAGAAUCUGCCGAAUUUCUAUUUUGAUAAUUGCCGGACCGGCUCCUGCGGGAAGAGCGACUCGAUGGUGUUUGAUCCGAAAGAUGACGGCGGAUCGAUCCACGUGGACACCUACUUUAAGGCAAAAAUUAACGACCUGGCGUGUGGCGCUAGCUUGGAGGAUGUCAACAGCGAAUAUUACACGCCAACGGAACUUUCGUCGACUAGUCCACAUGGGAACAUAAUGGAGGGAAUCCACAUAAACUAUAUCGAGGAGAUAGGCCCACCGAUUCGAUUCGACUCGUUGUACAAUGGAACUGUACCGCUGCACUCGAUAAUGCUGCACAGCAUCGAGGAAGAUGGAAGCUCGCUGUCGGUGUACAAGGACGCGGACAAUGUCAAGUUUGCCUUCAAAGGCUUCAGCACCGAAGUUCUAGCCAAAGAGCCUAAAGAAACGCCAGAAAGUUUUGGUCUCCUUGCACCCAGCUCCAGUUUGCCUGACCUACCGCGUGAAACCAAACUCUAGACAAAUUCGACGACAAGUGUUAUGCAAAAGGGUACUAACCUUUCUUUAUAUAGAGCAAGAUUACAAUUAAGACGAGAAUGUACUGCCACUGGAUCAUUAUGUGAGAAAAAUACAUAGAAGUGCCUCUACAUCGGUAAGUUGGAAUGCAUAACGCAAGAACGAACGAACGGUGGUAUCUUUCUCUAUUCGCGGGAACUCGUUGAAAUUCGAUUUUCCUUCUUUCGUUUCCUACACUUUUCUUUGUUUGCUCUUUGAAAAAUGCACCAGAACAAAACGAUACGCCUCGACGAUAAAAGAAGAAUGCCUGCACAAGUAUCAAGAGCUGGAGUAUCCCUUUUACUGACAUCGAUCGAGCUGAUGGUUGUGUGUAUGUGUGAGUGGCAGCGUUUGAGCAGAGCAAAAGAAAAGAAAGAAACAGGAGAAAAGAAAAAAAAAAAAAAAAAAAGGAAAAAAAAAAAAAAAAAAAAAAAAAAAAUUGCGGACAGUUUCCAAGGACCUUUCUGUGAUUUGGUCAAUGACCUUGCAACCUGUCCGCCCUUACACUUUGUGCUUUUUAUCAUUGUCGUUAUCAUCGCUCACUAUCAACGAUAACGAUCGACGAUUUUUAGACAAAGAGAACGCUGAAAA